AUGUGCUGCAUACUUACGCGAUUUGUCUUCUGCAAAAGUGAAGGAGUAGGAGCACUGCGAAACAUCUUCAGGCCAGAGCAGCACUACUUCAAUGCAAAAACAAAAAAGUACGGCUAUGGCCCCUCCGCUCGACUACAGAGAAUUUGGGUUGAUGACAAGCAAUGGCACGACGGCACCAAGUUCCACAUUUGCUGCCGGAAAUGCAAAAAGUGGAAGUUGGAAUUUGAAGAAAACAGCACCACCCUACUGCAGAGAUCAAAGCGGGUGGACAUGAUGAGGAAUCACGAAAAUAGAUGCAAAAAGGCGACGAAGUGAAA